GUUGGGAUGUCGAAGUUUUGUAGUUCCUGUUGUGGUGACCUGUCAACGUUGUAGUACAGGCUGUGACUGAUAAUAGUCCGUUUUCCAGGCUGCUGCGAAUUUUCACCAUCGAGGAAACAGGUACCGGGGAGUCAGACGUACAGGGUUUUCUGCGCUAAGUCUCAUAACGAUGUCAGAUCACCAGCAUGCGAACGGUUUAAGCUAGCCAAUAGCCUUCAAGUUGACAGCUAGCGCUUGCUAGCUAGCAUACGACAAAGCUAGCAGCUUAAACUCAACCGCCCACUCCUCCAAAUCGCAGUUCUGGACAGAAAAGAGAACGAUGGAGCCCCAAAGCUCUGGUGAAAUGGUUCUAUCCAGAAAACGAAGAAGAGAAAGCUCCAACGGUGAGCCGGAGGAAGGGGAAAGGCUGGGGAAAAUCCCCAGAUGUACGGUGGGAUUGAAAAAUCCUGCACCUUUUGCUGAUGAGCUGGAACCGGCUCGUAAUAAACCGUAUGAGCGGGUCAGCAUGGACGAAGCAAAACGAGGAACACCCUUUGACAGGCCAGUGCGGGUGUACGCUGAUGGGAUCUUUGAUGUUUUCCACUCUGGUCACGCCAGGGCUCUCAUGCAGGCUAAACGCCUCUUCCCUAACACACAUCUAAUUGUUGGAGUUUGCAGCGAUGAGCUAACCCACAAGUACAAAGGCUUCACGGUGAUGAAUGAGGAUGAGCGGUAUGAUGCUAUCAGACAUUGCCGCUAUGUGGACGAAGUUGUGCGAAAUGCCCCCUGGACUUUAUCGCCAGAGUUUCUUGCAAGGCAUCGCAUUGAUUUUGUGGCUCAUGACGACAUCCCAUAUUCAUCAGCAGGCAGCGAUGACGUGUACAAGCACAUUAAAGAAGCAGGAAUGUUUGCUCCCACUCAGCGGACAGAGGGCAUCUCCACCUCUGACAUCAUCACUCGCAUAGUGCGUGACUACGACGUGUACGUCCGACGCAACCUGCAGAGAGGAUACACGGCCAAAGAGCUCAACGUCAGCUUCAUCAACGAGAAGAAGUACCACCUGCAGGAGCGUGUGGAUAAGGUGAAGAGGAAGGUGCGAGAUGUCGAGGAAAAGAGUAAAGAGUUUGUCCAGAAAGUGGAGGAGAAGAGCAUCGACCUCAUCCAGAAAUGGGAGGAAAAAUCCAGGGAGUUCAUCGGGAACUUUUUGCAGAUGUUCGGCCCAGAGGGAGCUCUGAAACACAUGCUGAAGGAAGGGAAAGGCCGCAUGCUGCAGGCCAUCAGCCCCAGGCAAAGCCCCAACAGCAGCCCCACCCGUGAGGAGCGCUCGCCAUCUCCUACCUUCAGACUCCCCUUCUUCUCCAAGACCUCCCCUCCUCCCUCUCCUCCUCACCACAGCGGGGCGCGGGGAUACCUCAUCAGUGAGGACGACGAUGAAGACGACUAAACAGGGCUUUAAAUCCUGUAGCGUUCUGUCACAGCACUACGAGUCGAGAAGCGGCGAAGUUGCAUGGCGCUCCUGGCUGCAACAUUUUAUUUUAUGGUUUUACAUUCAGCACUUCUGUGUCUCGUUUAUUUGAAGAGCCGGGUGCUCCUCGGCUCCUGAUUUAACAGCCACUUCUCUUAUCAUUUCUAAAGAACUAUUAGUUAAAGUUACCACUGAGAGUCUCACUUUUUAUGUUGGUCCCUCACUGUCGCUUUGGAAGCCUCUGCAGGCGUUACACUGUUCCAUUCCUGGCUGUAUUUAUACAUCAUGGCGCACGAGUUUUCCUUCAGUGAGCUUAGCUUUAGGGCUCACUGAUUUCAGUUUUAAUCUGAGGUCAUUUGAGUUCAGUCACUGUUAUCUUGAGGAUCAGGUUUAAAAAAAAUAUAUCCAGAACUCUUCAAAUGAUCUGCUCAUUUUUCAGACUAACAUGGACUCACCUUUCUCCUAAAAUAACAGGAAAACUCCAGGUUUCAUUGCCUAAGAGUAAUCUGAGUGAAGGUGUGUGUGCGCUUGUUCCUGUGUGUCUGCCUGCCCAUGUCGGAGCUGCUCGUAUCCGUGGAUCUGCAUGUGCUAAAGUUCUUUUAGUCCGCAUGUUCCAGAUGUUUUAUCUGACACAUCUGGAUUGAGUGUUUUUAUUUCAUGCCACAUAGUAAAAAAAAAACUUGCUUUCAGCCCUUGUCUGCAGACAAGAAUCAGUCUUUGGAAGACUAGUUUCAGAGUAGACGCCUUUCAGUGGCGUGAGAGAACAUAACUUAAAUCAUGUAGAAAUGCUUAUUUUUGUAGUUUUCUUGCCUGUGAUCUCAUUUGAACUCUGAGCAGAGUUGACAAAAGCAAGGCUGGACUUGCAUUUUUCUUUGAGCAAUUCAGAUCUAAGCUUAUGAGGAACUUGUAUCAAAACAGCAGGUAUUGUUUUUAUAUUCAUCUUGGAAAUACACAAAUGUUCUUCCUAAAGAGGGUUUUAAAAGUUCCUCAUGACUAGCACACUUCGAUGGCAAUCUGAGGGUUAACCAGUACUUCCACUAACUAAUGCUGUUUGAUGGCGUCACCUGUAGCUUAAACAUGGGCACAAACGAGGAUCAUAGUAACAGAAUUGUCUAGUCAAAUAUCCUGGAUUUUCCCAUCUUCAGUGAUCUAAGCAUGUCUUUCAUCCAAGCAAAAACGAGACAUUGUAAUGAUUAGUGUAAAUGUUGGCUGUCAUUGCUAAUCAGAUUUGAGCGUUGAAGAGAAACUGCAGGGGAGAGAUCCAGCCUAGCUUGUGGUGCUAAGCUACGAAUCACGUCCACUUAACUCGAAUGGCAGAAGGCAAAGAAAUGUACACAAGUAGUUUUAAUUGUUACUUUUGUCUGAUAUUUUGGAUGUAGACCCAAGAAUAAAAAAAGUUAACAGUUUAA